UCGCCUGUCUCUCUCUGCCCACACAUCCCGACGCUGCUUUUUCAGCCUGCUUUUUGACCUUACUCACAUACUCAUCUACCCACAACCAAGGACAGCGUGGACCGUGGCAUAACCUUCCUUGUCACAACCUACUACUGUCUUCCAACUCUUCAGCAGGUCAGCUCGGCUUUUGGGUCCUGUUUACCCAAGUCGUAGAAGAUAUCCUCUUCCCUCUCUUGGCACUAUUCUAUCACUAUCCAUCCCACACCCACAAGAGUUUCCAUUCUACGUCCUCUUAUCCCUUUAUAAUCAUCCAAUCCCUCCCGCACACUCCCCAUUCUCUCCGUGUGAAUCUUCCGGAUUUUUUUUUGGGGUCGUCUACACUCUUUUUUCAUGUAUUCCACUACCUGGCAUCAUGUCUGAUACGGAGAAUAUCACGGAGAAUCCCGCAGAUCAAUCUGCAUCCGCCACCCCAACGCCGACUCCGAAGGCUACGCCAAAAGGAAAAGGACGAGGCCGUGGUCGAAAACGUGCUGCGAACAAGAAGACCGCCGCGGCCGCUACCAUUGUCGCGCCUAAAAAGGCCGUCGGUGGGCGACGCGGCCGAACCAAACAGUUCGACGAUGACAAGGUUCAGGCCUAUUAUGAACGUCAACGCGAGCUCAAAGCCUACUACAACGAACUCUCCCAAUUCAUCAAGCCCAUGCUAGUUGAGCUGGCCGAAAGAGAAGUAGAAGCUCUGAAGACCGACCGCGACUUCCACAAGCGCGCCCCCGAGUACCAAGAAGUCAGAGAUCAACUCAAGAAGCGCCUUGAGCAUCAGAAUCACUUGUCCGAGAACCGCCGUCGGUACGACGUCGAGAACGAGAUCAAACAGAACCAAGAAAUCAUAGCUGCACUGCAUACCAUCUACAAAAACAACUACGAAGAUGCCGAGGAUCGCUUCUUGGAUGCACAGAUUCGCUGCCUGGACUUGCUUGAGGAACUCCACGACAAGGACCUGCCCGUCGAUACCGUCGACGAGUCAUACAACUAUAAGCCCAUCACAGACAAAGAGGCCAAUGACUUCGGCCCUUAUGAGGUAUGGCAUAACGGCCAUCUCGUCCCAUACCCACAAUUGGUAGAAGGGACGGAAGCGUAUGCCUUGCGGCAAGCAGCCCAUGCUCGACCUGCCACUCCCACAAAACCCAAGUCUCGAACAGCCCCCAAGGCUCAGCCCAAGCGCAAGGCCAAGGAUCAGCCCGACGGCCAACCUGCUGCGAAGAAGGGCAGCCAAAACACCGAAUCCGAAGACCGGCAACCCUCGGCCGAUACUCCCGCCGCCGAGGUGGCCCCUGUUCAGCAGCAUACCCAAGGCUUGUUGUCCGCACAGCCCAACACGAACGCGGCCGCGUCGGAAGAUCAGUCGGGGGAAAGCACCCCGGCCCCUGAUGAGGCGGCUACUGGCCCUAUCCCUCUUAAAGACCGGGACCCGCCUCUCCCCCCGUUUGCCUCGGAACCCGACGAGUACGGAUGUCGCCAGGUGAACAGAAUUCCCACCAAGACGGAAAUCGAGCGGGGCAAGAUCAUUCACAACCGCAUUAUCGUCCCUCCGUCAUGGGAACUUGAUCCCAUCGAGAUUGGUUACAAAGAUUCGACCAACGAUCCCACUCGUGCUGCUACUCUCGCCAAGCGCGGCAAGUACCUCGGAAAGAACGGCACCAAUACCUGGCAUUACGAUCCGAUGCUGGCACGCCAUGACGCCCGCACCAUCCGCGAGGAAGACAUGGACCAGGAGCUCGUCCAGCGGCAUCGAGUCCACCCGAGAUAUGGAUAUUUCCUGCCUCGCAGCAAGAACGACGCCGAAGAGCCCAGGCCCGUCGUAGCGGGCGAUAACCCGAUUGUUUAUAUAACCCCGGAAGGCCAGACGAUCCAUGCUUCCCGUACCAUGCUGCCCUCGAAAGUUUCCAAGGCCAUUGAAGAGAAGCAAAUGCAGAGACGCGUGGCCGCUUCCCUAUAUGCCAUCUGCGCUGCCGAAGGAAUUGACGCGAAAGAAAUCGAGACGCCCGAGAUCCGCUCCAGAAUUGCCCAGAGAGAGCGGACUACUUCUACCGAACCGCAGGAGCAGCCGGAAAUGGAACCACCUUCGGAAGCGGUGCUCGCCUCGGAAGCGGUGCCCUCCUCGGAAGCGGCGCCCUCCCCGGAAGCGGUGCCCUCCCCGGAGACUAUGCCCCCCUCGAGAGCGACUACCCCCUCGGAACCAAUCGCCACUUCAGGGGCAGUGCCCCGCGAUGAGGUUUCCGCAGCUUUUGUCCCAGCGAACGACUCUGCCGCCAAUGCCGCGGCUGUAGCUUCCCUGCUAGACGCCGCCCUUUCCUCCGAACCCAGGCCCGAACUCAAGCCUGAACUCAAGCCAGCACCUAUCCCGACCCCUGCCGCCGCCCCGCCACCUGUUCCUGUUGUCCCUCCGGCACCUGUUUCCGCCCCGGUUUCUGCUGUCGCCCCGGCGCCUGCUCGUCCAGCUACGCGCUCGUAUGACGCCAUCCGUGAUAUGGUCAUUGAGCAUGCCCCCCCCGUCCGGCCGCCGCCGAAAGCUCCGGGCACCCUGAACUUGUCCAUAUUAGCAGACGUGUGCAGUUCGUCCCCCCAACCGUCAGGUCAGUCUUCGAAGCUGCUGCGAGACGAGGAUCCGUUGGUGGCAGUUGGGCCGGCUAAGAAGCGCCCCUGCUUCCCCCAUGCCGCCGAAGACUCUUCACUACGGUCUACCAUCCAGAGCGAUAACCUGCCUGGCCUGAGGGAACCCCCUGUGCAGAAGCGUACCCCGAGCUUCACCGUCCCUUCCGUCGAGGAUUUGGCUUUGAAACCGACGACGUACCAUGACGCUCCUCAUAAUGGAGUCGAGAAUCCCACCCGCGCCCGCACCCGUCACACUCGUGUUUCCGCUGCUUUUGCGGAGCAAGCGCCUGCUCGGCCUCCGAUGCAUCCCCACGACCUAACCCCUGCUCGACCUACAGAGAUCUCUACCAUGCGGCCGGCUUAUACCGGAUCGCCCAGAGUGCAAUACCCCGCCAUGGAGCCUCGAGCUGAGGUCAGUCACAGGGCACCAACUCAUCCAGAGCCGUAUCCCAUGGCCUACAGUCACCAUCACAACUCUCUCCCUCCACUGCGCACUCGACCUAGUCAUACACAGGUUUCGCGUAUGCCUUUUGCGAACCCCCACCACGCCCAUGGUCCGCCAUCUCUCCCACCUUUGCGCCCCCACCCGCACCAGUCUUUUGCCGACACCAGCAACGGCUAUUAUGGUCAUGGCAUGAGCCGCAUUGGCCACGACAACACCCCGACGAGGCCGCAGCCCGGUAUGGGCCAUCCGUUUUCUACCAUGACCCCUGGUGGUCCUGCGGUGCCGGCGCCGUCGCCUUACUCGGCUUACGCCAGCCCACAGCCUCUGGCCUCCCCUUACGCUCCAAUCGCCCCAUGUCCCGCACAGGGGGCCCCAUCCAUGAUGCCGUUCGCCGCGCAGUCGAUGAACCCCAACCCGGACUAUGGAAGCCCCAUCCGACCGAGGACAGGCAGCGCCGCCUCGACCCCUGGCAACGGGCGAUAUCGGGAGCUGGCACCCGCCCCGCUGCCCGCCCACCGCCAGGGCCAACAGCAGGCCCAGGAGCUGCGGACGGUUCAAUACGUCCCCGGUGAGAACAUCAAGGAUUAUACCCCUACAGAGCAACCGCCGGCCCGUGGACCGCAGGUUGUCCGGUCGUGGAACCAAUAUUCCCACAAGUCAAAUAGGAGCCUUGGAGGUCAGGAGCGUCGCGAAUCCAACUAGAAGGGGGAAUUGACGACGGCUCGUCCGUCCCAAGUGGCAGGGGUGAAUAUUACGACA